AGGCUUUGUCAUUAUUGAAGAAUAAAGGCAAUGGCAUUGCUGUUUAAACGGAUAUGGACCCGACGAUCAGCAUGGCCUCCAAGUGUGUGCUCAAACAUCAAUUCCGAAAAGAUUGAAGAGGAUACGUUUCCGGACUAUCUCGCUGGACGGUAUUAUCCCGUCAAUAUUGGCAAGGUCUUCGUCUCGCGAUACCAAGUGGUUGGGAAAUUUGGUUGCGGAGCUUACUCAACAGUAUGGCUGGCAAAGGACCUAAUGCAAUACCGCCAUGUUGCCUUGAAGGUUUUCAUCCGCUCACAGGCGGUGGGGCGUGCCACAGACCAUGAGCUCAACACGUAUCAACAUAUAACUCGCGUGUCAUCAUCAUCUAGCCAUCCAGGUCGCGAAGCAGUACGCUCACUCCUCGUCUCGUUCAACGUAUCCGGGCUGGAUGGCGAGCACCACUGCCUUGUGCACCCACCACUGUGGGACAGCGUGGAAGGGAUUCUCAGACGCAACCCUAUCGGACGCCUCCCGCUCCCGGUCCUGAGAAUCGUGCUCCAGCAACUCUUGACGGCGCUAGAUUCUUUUUCACUCAGAACGCCAUUUGGUCCAUACCGAAUGGACAAUAUCAUGUUUGAUGUUUGGGACGACUUGAUAUUCGAUCAGUUUGAGCAACAAGAGCUGGAAAGCCCUUCACCGAGAGAAGAAGUAGACGGCCACUUCAUCUAUCUUUUUCGUGAGCUAAGUAUCCCGGACAGCUUGGGGCCGCCUGCGCUCUGCGACUUUGGCUUUCCCAAUCUGUACCGAUCAGCCGAGCUUAUUCUUCAGGUGCCAUGGAGUUCCGAAAUCGACAUCUGGAAUGUCGGCUGCAUGAUCUGGGACAUGUUUGAAGGUGGCCACCCCUUUUCUGGCGAAGACCCUGAACACCAAAUUUACCGCACCCGGGCCCACCUUGCCAGUAUCAUCAGCCUCCUCGGCCAUCCGCCGCAGGACUUCAUCACCCGGGGCGCCCUCAGAUCGAAGUUCUUCUCCGAAAAAGGUCCUUUCAGGAGAAAGAUAUGUUCAUUGCUGGCAUCCCUAAUACCGCCGGCUCGUUCCCUGGAUGAGAUGGAAACGAACCUCCUAGGCAAGGACAAGGAGCGCUUCCUGCAGUUCAUGGGGAAAAUGCUACAAUGGGUACCGAAGCAGCGAAGUACCGCCAAAGAGCUGCUUCAGGAUUCCUGGCUUACCGCUACCACCUGA